AUGAAGGGUCAAGAUUGUGUUGCUAUAGCCACGGAUAAGCGCUAUGGUAUUCAGGCUCAAACCGUCUCCACCAACUUUCCAAAAGUAUACCAGAUGGGGCCCACCCUGUUCGUAGGCCUGCCGGGUCUUGCUACUGACACCCAAACAGUUUUUCAGAGACUUAAAUUCAGAAUGAACUUGUACGAGUUGAAAGAAAACAGAGUAAUGCGGCCCAAGACGUUCUCAGCAAUGUUGUCGAACUUGUUGUAUGAGAGGAGGUUUGGUCCCUACUUCAUUGAACCUGUCAUUGCCGGUCUUGACCCCAUCGACAACACACCAUACGUCUGCAAUAUGGAUUUGAUUGGAUGUCCCAAUGAGCCAGAAGAUUUUGUAGUGUCGGGUACAUGCUCGGAACAGUUGUAUGGUAUGUGUGAAGCUUUGUGGGAGCCGAACCUACAGCCUGAUGAACUGUUUGAAACUAUAUCUCAAGCCCUGGUGAACGCCGCUGACCGCGACGCCAUCUCCGGCUGGGGAGCGGUCGUGUACAUCAUACAGAAGGACAAGAUCACUGAGAAACAUGUCAAGACUAGAAUGGAUUAG